AUACGCUAUCAAUCAAUAAUCACCUGGUUAAACAAAAGAAUGUUUUUAAUUUUAGGCUCCCUUCCAAAAAUGUCAUCAAUUCAAUUACCGAAUGUGAGGACAUGCCAAGCGGUGACAUGUGGGGUGCGUAGUUAUUUAGGUCCUUUUACUCCGCAUUUGUUCUCCGUAUUCAUAGAUAGUCUUGAUUUGCCUUCCUCCACUCUUAAAAGCCCAAAUUCCAUUACUAAUAACCCCGGAGGAAGUGAUCUAUAAUUUUUAAUUUAAUUGGUUAACAUGAAUGAACAAUCCAAGAAUGAGACUGCGAAUGCACAGAAUUGCGAGGAGAAAAAGGUGGAAAGUGUGGAUUAUCGAUCUUCAGCAGGGCAAGGUCAAGAAAUGAGGAAGGUUGAUGUAAUUCACCAGGUCCAUACAACGAAAAACACCAGUGGUGGAAUACUUGCCGGUGCUGCUGCUGCUGUUACAUCCACUCUACAGUCCGCCAAAGAUGCCGUGGCCAAAAAGUAAUGUAACCAUGCAGUGUCCUUGAUCCAUUUGUUUAGCCAAGGAAAUAGGUUUGGCAAUGUGUAAAUUUAUUCUUUUAUUGUUAUUGCUAUGUUGUCCGGUAGUCACGAAGACAUGGACAAAGUAGUGCGAUGUAUUCAGUAUUGUAUCCGAAUUAAUCCUAUA